GCUGCAGCCGCCGGCAGAGGAGACCUCAGCAUCCUCGGAGCCCAGCGCCCGCCCUGCCUCCGCCCGGCCCGCCGCCCUGUCGGUUCCCGCUGCUGUCCCACUCAAGCAACCCCCACUUAGCGGGCGAGCGGGGUUCUACGGCUGUCUCUGCUCUCCUUCCUCCUCCUCUUCCAACUCCCUCUCCUCCCACUUCCCAGCCGCCGCGGAAAGCCCCUAACCCAACUGACGCUGGCCGCGGGCGGUGUCACCGCGCUCCGUCUCGCCGCUCCCGCCGCCCUAAGGCAAAGUUGCAUAGCUCCACAUCCUUCUCCCCGCCACCUCCCUCGGCCUCGGAGCGUCCCGCCGCCCCGCAGCCCUCUCCUGGAGCUGCGCCCUAGUGCCCCUGCUGGGCAGCGGCCUUCCCGCCCCCCGCCCCCCAUCCUCCCGCGCCCUGCCCUCGCCGCUCCCGGCAGACGAUGCUGAAGAUGCUCUCCUUUAAGCUGCUACUGUUGGCCGUCGCUCUGGGCUUCUUUGAAGGGGAUGCCAAGUUUGGGGAAAGGAGCGAAGGGAGCGGAGCGAGGAGGAGAAGGUGCCUGAAUGGGAAUCCCCCCAAGCGCCUGAAAAGGCGAGACCGGCGGAUGAUGUCGCAGCUGGAGCUGCUGAGCGGAGAGGUCCUGUGCGGUGGCUUCUACCCACGGGUAUCCUGCUGCCUGCAGAGUGACAGCCGCGGCUUGGGGCGUCUGGAGAACAAGAUCUUUUCUGCCACCAACAACACAGAAUGUGGCAAGUUACUGGAGGAGAUCAAGUGUGCGCCUUGCUCUCCACAUUCCCAGAGCCUGUUCUGCUCACCUGAAAGAGAUGUCCUGGAUGGCGAUCUCGUACUUCCGCUCCUCUGCAAAGAUUAUUGCAAAGAGUUUUUUUAUACUUGUCGGGGACAUAUUCCAGGUCUUCUUCAAACAACUGCUGAUGAGUUUUGCUUUUACUAUGCGAGCAAAGAUGGGUUGUGCUUUCCAGAUUUCCCGAGAAAGCAAGUCAGAGGACCAACAUCUAACUACUUGGACCAGAUGGAAGAAUAUGAGAAGGUGGAGGAGAUCAGCAGAAAACACAAACACAACUGCUUCUGUGUCCAGGAGGUUGCGAGCGGGCUGCGGCAGCCUGUGGGCGCUGUGAACAGCGGGGAUGGUUCCCAUCGCCUCUUCAUUCUGGAGAAGGAAGGCUAUGUGAAGAUCCUAACCCCAGAAGGAGAAAUUUUCAAGGAGCCUUACUUGGACAUUCACAAACUUGUUCAAAGUGGAAUAAAGGGAGGAGAUGAAAGGGGCCUGCUAAGCCUUGCAUUCCAUCCCAAUUACAAGAAAAAUGGAAAGCUGUAUGUGUCUUAUACCACCAACCAAGAACGGUGGGCUAUGGGGCCUCAUGACCACAUUCUCAGGGUUGUGGAAUACACAGUAUCCAGGAAAAAUCCCCAUCAGGUUGACAUAAGGACGGCCAGGGUGUUUCUGGAAGUCGCUGAGCUCCACAGAAAGCAUCUUGGAGGACAACUGUUCUUCGGUCCCGAUGGCUUUUUGUACAUCAUCCUCGGGGACGGCAUGAUCACGCUGGAUGACAUGGAAGAGAUGGACGGGUUAAGUGAUUUCACAGGCUCCGUGCUGAGGCUGGACACGGACACCGACCUGUGCAGUGUGCCUUACUCCAUUCCACAGAGCAACCCCCACUUCAACAGCACCAACCAGCCCCCGGAGGUGUUUGCCCAUGGGCUUCACGACCCAGGCAGAUGCGCCGUGGAUCGACAGCCCGCUGAUAUAAACAUCAAUCUAACAAUACUUUGCUCAGAUUCCAAUGGGAAAAACAGAUCAUCAGCCAGAAUUCUACAGAUAAUAAAAGGGAAAGAUUACGAAAGUGAGCCAUCGCUUUUAGAAUUCAAGCCAUUCAGUAGUGGUCCUUUGGUUGGUGGAUUCAUUUACAGAGGUUGCCAGUCUGAAAGAUUGUAUGGAAGCUAUGUGUUUGGAGAUCGCAAUGGGAAUUUCUUGACCCUCCAGCAAAGCCCAGUGACCAAGCAAUGGCAAGAAAAGCCACUCUGUCUGGGGACCAGUGGUUCCUGCCGAGGCUACUUCUCAGGUCACAUCUUGGGAUUUGGAGAAGAUGAAUUAGGAGAAGUAUACAUUUUGUCAAGCAGUAAGAGUAUGACUCAGACUCACAAUGGAAAACUCUACAAGAUCAUAGACCCAAAAAGACCUUUGGUGCCUGAGGAAUGCAGAGUCCCGGUCCAGCCCGCACAGACCCUGACCUCGGACUGCUCGCGGCUCUGUCGAAAUGGCUACUGCACCCCCACGGGCAGGUGCUGCUGCAGCCCCGGCUGGGAAGGACCCUUCUGCAGAGUUGCCAAAUGUGAGCCGGCAUGUCGUCAUGGAGGUGUCUGCGUCAGACCUAACAAGUGCCUCUGUAAAAAAGGCUAUCUUGGUCCUCAGUGUGAACAAGUGGACAGAAACAUGCGCAGAGUGGCCAGGGCAGGUAUUCUUGAUCAGAUCAUUGACAUGACAUCUUAUUUGCUGGAUCUCACAAGUUACAUUGUAUAGUUUCUGGGACCGUUUGAAUAUUUCUUUUUGGUGGGCAUUUAUUUUGAUCUUGUCAUUAAAAAGAGAGACUGUCCUCCUGCUACACACUCCUGUGAUUUCAUUUUCUUUUAGUAAUUUAAAAGCAAUUUACAGAGAUGUGUAGAUCUCAGUGUGUACUUUGGCACGUUGUUGUUUUGUUUUGUUUUACAUACACAUGUCCACACCCGCACUCACAACCCCUAAACUCAAGGUUGUAUAACAGAUUUUUAAAAAAAUCUACUUCCUGGUGUGGAGUACUUUAAACAGAAGUUCCACUGCACAUUGAUCACGGAAUUUUUAUAGCAUCAGAAGAUAUUCUUUUACUUCCCAGGAAAUGUCUGUUUGUAAUUCCUAAAGCUGACCUUUGUAGGGGUUUGAAAUGUUAUUGUGCAAUGUGGUGGAAAUAUUUUUAUAUUAAAAGUCUAUAAUAAGAGAGCAUGUUUCCAAACUCCUUGGUGAAUUUCUGAACAAGCAGCUUGAUGUAAGAUUGUAAUCUUCAUUUCUGUUGAUGUAUCUGCUGACAGAAUGUUACACACUUAACCUUUUUAGUUGACAGCGCAAUCUGGCUACUUCAGCUUAAUCUCAAGAUGGUUUUCAAAUGUUUAUGAUUAAAUCGGAAGAACUAUUUGAAAAAGCAAUCUUUCUGAAUGGACUGCUUCUAUUGUAUAUUUUGUGUAACAAUAGGCACUGGGUUUUGUUACAUGUUUAUAGUUUUUAUUUUAUUUUUAUAAUAUGGACAUCACCUAGAUGAAACACCUCUAUCCUGUCCUGUAAAUUACUAAAGUUACAUUUUCUCCAACUUAAUUGGAAAGAAGGGGAGUACAAACAGCACAGCCUCUAAUGUGCUGUGGAUCUACUCUAGCAGUGUGUACUGUGCCAACAUCUAACCACUCCUGUCAGAUGAAAAAGCAAGAAAACGGCCAGUCCUUAUAAAAUUCCAGCCUUGCAUACUUGUAAAGUCUUUUCCCCGUAGCAAGCCUGUCAGAGUCUGUGGGAUUAGAAGGUUACAGUGUAUGCUCCGAAUGCACCCUCCCUGGAGAAGACCUUGCCCGUUCAGAGCCAGUUCAGGCUGUGUAUACACUGCUCACACACACGGAUUCUUAAGAUUGGCCUUCUCGGCAAAUCUGGCUUCUAAUGCAUAUGUUCCUUCAGGUCUCUGUGGCAGUACCCUGUGGUUCUUGCCUCAAUAAAUUUUCUGCAAAUGUUCAGAUUUUCUUAAAGAAAUGAUGCACUCUAAAUUUAAGUGACAAGAGUCUGACCGACAUUUUUCUUAGUGGUGGGAGCUCUCCUUCCAAUAGCCCAGGCUAAGCUGGCCAUGCCCAGAGCUGUUUCAAACAGCCCUUUCCCAAGUGAAAAGGUUUUCCAUUUGCCACCUCUCCAUGUUUAGAUUUUAACAAAGUAUAAAAGUUUUUGUGCUACUGAUGUCUAACCGUGAUAGGCACCCACCAUCUACCAUAGCGUCUCUUCCUCUGGGAUCCAGACUGUAGAGUCAGGUAAGCGUGCAGCACCGGCAAUGCACACAUGCUCUUCGUCUUUAGAGUACGAGCCUUAAUUGUGGCACAGGGACAGUAAUCUUCUAGCUAGUAUUCCUCCGUUGUUUUAAAGUGAGAGAGCUGCAAAUUAAGCACGUCCGAGGACGCCACAAUGUAGAACCAUUUGUUGGGUCCACUCUGCCUGCCUUCCACAUAUGGCCACUUGGAGUCCGGUGCCCUCAUACCAAAGGGAAAUGGUUGGGAAAUCUCAGUGCUUAGUGAACAAUAGCCUGCAUUAAAAAGUGCAUGCAUAAUUUUGCACAAUUUAGAUUCAAUUGACAGUCUAUUCAAAGAAGUCUUGGGAGUAAAUGAGCAUGGAGACCAAAUUGCCCUCUUACCCCAGAAAAAGGGUGGUCCCUUCUAGUCUCACCAACACUUCAUUGGCCCAGCACUGUGACAAAUCUUGCAAUGAACCGUGCAGUAGCCUGCAUCUGUAGGUUAAUAGCAAUCUUUUGUCUCCGUUGCUUUCUCUUCAUAGUCCUUUUACUGAAUUCCAUCACAGAAAGUUUUACAAUUUUUUUAAAAAAGGAAAAACUUCCCCUGAAAACCAUUUUUGUAGGUGGAUCUUACUAUCAAGCCUUCCCUUAUUCAACGUGGGUGACACUAACAGACUAUGAACUGCUUGUGAAGGAGCCAGCUGUCUAAAUCUGUCAAAUUGUACAGUUUUAUUACGCAUUCUCCCAUUCAUAGUUUGAGCAAAAACAAUAAGGAUGCCUCUAGAAAGUCAGCAAAAUCUUAAAACCCAAGUGCCUCCUUUUCUAUCUUUAAAAGAGAAGGUGUUCUAUUGGUGGGAGCUCUCCUUCCAAUAACCCAGGCUAAGCUGGCCAUGCCCAGAGCUGUUUCAAACAGCUCUUUCCCAAGUGAAAAGGUUUCAAGUGGCUUAGACAAGCACUAUGUACCCAAGAUGUUAUUGCUUUUUCAGUAAUGAGCUAUUAAAAUGAAAGACAAAAUUCUCUUUAAGGAAUUUCAUCCAUGGAUAUUUAACCCAAGCAGAGAACGUUAGGAGAAUCCUUUCAUUCUGUCCUUAGGAGAAAGAUGAAUAACAAUGACUGAUAAUGACUGUGUUUUAGACUAUGUGACCAAUUCCAAUUUUUCCUUUGACCUGUUCCUUGAAGUCUGUUUUUAAAUAUGACUGGGGGAUUAUUAUAAAUUAUUUGUGAGAGACAGAUGGGAAUAGGUUAAAAAAAAAUGAGCUGAGCCAAUAAAUCCCUAACCAUUUAAAAGUGAAAAUGUACCAUCUAGCAAAGCACACAAUCUAAACUGGAAGAAUGAUGCCAUUAUGUGUCUGACGAAGAAGAAAUUAACAGUCGUUACUGCCCCUUGCCCACUCUAGACCUGAAGCUCUGGGCACCAACUGGAUAUGAAAUAACCUUCCUCCCAGUAUUGUUACCAAACUUUUGCCCUGUUUCAAAGCACAUAAAGUAAUGAUAUAAAACUAAAUUGGCAUAUCAUUACAGUGAAAAGGAGGAACAUUUAAGAAAGUUCAAGCUCUUCCAUCCAUACCUCUUAGGAUCUUAUUUACGAUGUUGGAAAAUAUUUUACGAGCUUUACUCAGAAGUUUCUGCCUUUUAACUGGUCAAUUCAUGAAGGAUGGGCAAAGAAACCAAUACAUGUCUACCAAACUCAGCUAGUAAACUAUCUCCUUAUCAUUUUAUGCCUCUAGUAGUCAUGCCUUCCCCGCUUUUUGUUUGAGGAAAUAUUACAGAAUAAGAUACUAUUUUUUAGCACAUUUGUCUUUGGCUUGUUUUAAUAUCUGAACCACAAAGAAUACAACAAAUCUAAUCAGGGUGAGAAGUGAGUUAGACACCUAACCUGAGGUCUUUCCAAGAACACACUGAUCCAAGAUGGCAUGAGCUUCUCUUCUGUGUCUCGGCACACGAAAGAAUGCCAAUUUCAGUUUGUAAGGAGAGGAAGUAUAUCAGUAAAACUGUAGGUGGUGCAUCAGCUUGCUUUCUGAGCAUCUGUCUAGAACAUUAAGUAGGGUUCUACGCUGCCUCUCCUUUCUCUGCCCUUCUACUCAUGUCUCUCUACCUGCCUCUCUUUAAAUCUCUCCCUCCUCCACUGCCAUUUUGUGUUGUUUUUUUACUAAGCAGACAUAUUGUGUGUGCCCACUAUGAAGCUGUCCUGGAGCAGAUACCUGCACAUUUGGGGGGGUCCCCUUUGUUUUCUUUCCUGGAGUCACAUUGACUCAAAUUCAGUAUCAUUAAGAUGAGUAGAGAAAUAGCUUACCAAGCCAGCUUACUAGAGUCACUGAAAGAAAUGACGAAAAGCACACACAUCCUCCAGUGCAGGCACUCUAUGACAGCCUUCUAGCAAAGUCACAGGAAGUUAAGGGCAGCCUCCCUCAGGGAGAGCUUGACUGACAGGAGAGACCCUAGCUCGUCCCCACCAAAGCGAUGCACAUCUCUACAAAGUCUAACUCAAGGAAAGCGAUUCCACAUCAAUGUGGGAAAAACAAACACUAGUAUCUUGGUGAUGAUGACCUCAGACGCAUCCCGUGUAUAGUAAAUUAUCUCAGCUGCUGUCUUUUAAGUAAAAAGAAUAACAUUCUGUUAUCUAAUAGAUAUUAUAGAGAAAAAGUGAAACAGGCAGUGAUGGGAAAUUCAUAGUGGUCAACUCUAUAAGCCUUUUCUUCACAGUUAGAAAUUCAGUCUGGAAUAUUUCUUUCCAUGCUGAAAAAUAACUAGUCAAUAGUUUCCAUUCACAUGAAUAAGGUAUGAUUAGGCUUGGCAUGGUCCGUGCCAGAAUAAACAUCGGAUGUUUCUUUACUCCAUAAUCUUAAAAUCUGAGGCAUGACUUUCCUGGAAUAAACUAAGAAUCCAUGUUCAGAAGGUUCAUUUCAUAAUAUUGUUUUUGAGAAGCUAAACUGACAGCCUUCUGAGAUAUCAGAUAUCCCCCAAACCUUAUUCUAGUCAGAGUGUGUACGGGUGUGAGUGUCUCUAAGAGCCGUGAAGUGCCACGAUGGACAACACUGAAGUAGUGUGAAGUUGUGGAAACUGGGUUCCCUAGGACAUGGUACAACACACUACUAUCUGAAAUAAAUCUAGCUAGUUGCAAGGAAAAAUUAUUGAAUCAUGACCAUAAGCAUGAAGCGAUUCUAAUAGGCAGAUCUGCGUCUUCCUUGGAAUUCUCUGUGACUGAUUUGUCCGGUGUUGAGGGGUGGUUUUGUGCUCCGUUCUCCUCACAUAUUUUGGUGUUCUGAGUUGUCCAUUUCCUUCAGGCUGUUGGAAAUCAAGGCAAUCUGAUCUUACAGGAUCUUACAGGAAAUUUCAGAACCAAUCCAUCCUCGAGUUUCUGUCAUUACAUUGAUAAGAGGCAGAAGGCGGUAGGAACAUUUAGUAAACCUAGGUGUAAGUUUAAAGAAUCAGAAUUAGUGUAAGAGCUGCCCAUGAUUUGUAAAUGUUCCAAAGAGUCACUGUGCACAGCUACGUGUCCCCCCGAGUUUGAACUAACCUGGUUCGCUAGGUCAGUUUGUUAAAACAUGAAGUUUCUUUGACUGAUCUGUCAUUCAGCCGCCCAUCUAUUCACUAAUGCAAUCUAAAGGCUGAGAGGCCCCCUGUAAUUGCACAAGCGAGGGCAUCUGCAAGGACAGUGCUGUGCGCUCACUGGGAUGAACAGCUCAGCUCUAGUCUGCAGCAGUCACAAGCACAGGUGGCCUCAAGUACGUCUGUGUGCAUCUGCCCAUGCGCACACCCAUGUAUAUGUGUACAUAUUUAUCUAUCUGUACAAACACUGCAUGUGUAUACACACUAUCUAUGUAAUAUAUAAUAUAUGUAUAAUGCUAUAAAUUCUAACAAGUGGAUUUGUGUUAUCUUCAAAAUAGAAAAAAUUGUAUCUUGAAGUGGUAAAUGCAGAGAACUGGCUUCUAUUGUUGAUCUGUGGAUUUAAUGAUUUCUUAGGUGAAAGGAUGUUUUAAGUGUAUAAUUUCUUUUCUUAAUUUAAUAUAUUUAUGUAAAUGCAUGCCUGAAAUUUGGUUAGAUUGGCUAUGUUUUGUGUCUUAACAUGAUCAAAUGUAUUAAACUUUUAUCUUAUG